CGAGAGUAUGUGUGUGUCUUUCUCCUCCUUCAUUUCUGGCCGGAAGCAAACCACCAACGAUGGGAACGGCAGUUGAAAAGACUGCAGAAGAGCUCCGUAAAGAGAUCGAGGAGCUACACCGUCAGCAGUGGGAGAUUACUGAGCGGCUUCGGGACCCGAGGGGUCUCCGCAGAGGAGCCUUGCCUGCCAACGGACCAAGAAACUUCGCCAAUGGAGGUCGUCAGCGAGGACUUGUCAGACCAGCCGAUAGGGUUGGUUCUGAUGAUCAAACUCUUGCAAAGAGACGCCUUUCUUCCGCUGUUGUUAAGCUAGAGGAUGGAGAGAUGGCUGAGGAGGCUGAAGGAACGGAAGAUGUCAAAGAGGCUGCCGAUGGCACCACUACUACUGAGAAUGAGAGUGAUCGGAGAUCAUUGAAUCCACCACUACAGCGUGGUGGGUUUAGGAAAGAUGGCAACCCGGCAGCUAAGGAUUUGGAAAUCCCGACGGAGCAGGUUCCUAGGGUGUUGCCUAAAAAUGAGGAUCCGAGUUUGGUUAACAGGAACAAGAGAAUGCUGGGGCAACUUCUGGGGACACUAGAGGCUGAGCAAAGGGCACGUGAAGAAAAUGAGAGGCUGUGGCAGCAAGAACGUGAACAAAUUGCAGAGAAAAGGAGAAGGGAUCUGACUCUCCGAGCACGUGUUGCUGCCAAGGCAGAAGAAAAGAAGUUGGAGCUGCUAUUCCUUCGGUGGAGUGAGCACCAUAAAAAGCUUUGCAAUUAUCUAAGGACUAAUGCGGAGCCACCAAUAUAUUACAUGCCUGUGAAACCACUAGAGGAAGAUGCUACUCUGGCUGAGGAGCAUAAAGAAAAGGCUUAUCAGGAAUGGAAAGCUGCUAGAAGGGAAGAACUAUCAGAAUAUCAGAAGCAGAUUGCAAAACAGUAUGUUGCCAAUGUGGAAACAGAGCUGGAGAGAUGGCAAAAUGCAAGGAACGCAAGAAAAGAAAACUACAAUCUGAACCAGGAGACGAUGGACAAUGAGCUUGAAACCCACAGGCUUGAGCAUGGGCCCAAGACACGGAAGAUCCUUGAUAGUGGCAACAAUGAUGACGAGGAUGAUGUGGAAGAUAUUAAUGUUGGAGAAGACGAUAUGAUGGAUGAUGUGCUUGGGGUCGAUGAUAAUAGCCGGAGGGUUGAUGAGUCACUGAAGCCUGAAGAAGGUAAUGCCAGUCCAAAUCCUGACAAUGUAGAUCAGUAGUAAUUUAAGCACUCCAUUGUACCCUUUCUUUUAUGUUUGUAGCCCCCAGUUAUUUCUAUUGUGUACCAAGUUGAAUAUUUACCAAUUCUGGAUUGGUGUUUAUUUGUUUGUAUUGUUAUAUCUCAUUGAUUUUGCUCAGAUUAUAUAUAUCAUAUUUUUAUUUA